AGCAUCCGGUAUGGAUAUUUCAAAAUAAAACAUUUUAGUGAACCAGAAUACUACACAUGCGAGGCUGUCACGUGGUUUCCAUGGUGUUGAAGGGGGUAUUUGAUAUAUCCUACCGCGAUACUUUUGCUUUGAAAGGUUGGUCCUAUGUCGAGUACUCUCCUGUUUCAGGCGUGACGUGAAACACAAGUGCAAGGACAGUUCAAGCUACUCGAACCAGCGCUGCGUUUAUUUUUCUCAGUAAUUCUCCAGGUCCCACCAUGCGUAGUCCGCGUCUCCUCUUGAUUCCAGCACUGCUGCUCCUCCUGGCCCUUCCCUACUCCAAGGGACGCUACAACGAUGACUUUGAUGAUGGCGAGGACCUUGCAGACUUUGAUGACAAUGACUUUGCUGAGUUUGAGGACAUGAACGACGAUCCAGCAGCUGAGGCAGAAACUGCCCCUCCGCCUCGCGCCUCACCGUCCUCUCAGCCCGAAGAGGAUGAAGAUGAAGAUGAAGCCACCGUGGAGCUGGAGGAUGGCCUGGAUGGGGAUGGCUUUGAGGACUCCGAGACUCAGGAUCAAGACAUGUACAGUAAAUAUGACCAGGAGGAGUUUGAGGGGAUUGGAGACAUGGAGAAGACGGGCCACUCCAUGAAGGACCCCCUCAUAAUCCACACGGUUCCUGCACAUCUGCAGAACAGCUGGGAGAGUUACUACAUGGAGAUCUUGAUGGUCACCGGCCUGUUGGCCUACAUCAUGAACUACCUCAUUGGCAAGAACAAGAACAGUCGCCUCGCUCAGGCCUGGUUCAACUCACACAGGGAGCUUCUAGAGAGCAACUUUUCACUAGUGGGUGAUGACGGCACCAGUAAAGAAGGAGUGAGCACUGGGAAGCUGAAUCAGGAAAAUGAGCACAUCUACAACCUGUGGUGCUCCGGACGUGUGUGCUGUGAAGGCAUGCUGAUCCAACUCAAGUUUCUGAAGAGGCAGGACCUGCUCAACGUUCUGGCCAGGAUGAUGAGGCCCGUCGGUGAUCAAGUGCAAAUCAAAGUGACUCUAAAUGAAGACGACAUGGACACGUUUGUGUUUGCUGUUGGCACCAAGAAGGCGAUGGCCAAGCUCCAGAAGGAGAUGCAGGACUUGAGUGAGUUCUGCGGUGACAAGCCUAAGUCCGGAGCCAAAUUUGGGCUCCCUGACUCUCUAUCUAUUCUAAGUGAGAUGGGCGAAGUCACAGACGGGGUGAUGGACAACAAGAUGGUGCAUUAUAUCACCAAUAAUGCUGAAAAGAUCGAGUCCAUUCAUUUCUCGGACCAAUUUUCUGGUCCAAAAGUUAUGCAAGAGGAGGGUCAGCCCUUAAAGCUGCCUGAGACCAAGAAGACGUUGUUGUUUACAUUUAAUGUGCCUGGCAUGGGCAACACUUCUCCCAAAGACAUGGAUUCUCUGCUCCCCCUCAUGAACAUGGUGAUCUACAGCAUCGAUAAAGUCAAGAAACUCCGUCUCAACCGAGAGGGCAAAAUGAAAGCGGACAGAAACCGGGCCCGUGUGGAGGAGAACUUCCUGAAGCAGACUCACGCUCAGCGGCAGGAGGCGGCACAGACGCGCCGGGAGGACAAGAAGAGGGCCGAGAAGGAGAGGAUCAUGAAUGAGGAGGACCCUGAGAGACAGCGUCGUCUGGAGGAAGCGGCCCAGCGACGUGAGCAGAAGAAGAUCGAGAAGAAGCAGAUGAAGAUGAAGCAGAUCAAAGUGAAAGCUAUGUGAAAGACCACCACAGUGGUUACAAGCACACAUGAAGGAGGUGCUCAGCUCGCCGCAGCUCUGGCUCAGUCGCUCUCAACAGACAUCCUGUGCCUCCCGGUGUGUCAACCUCUGCCGUCUCUGUCCCCACCUGCUGCAUUUGGUGUGGCUCAACCCAAAUGACGAGAGUGAACUGUCGAUGUCAAGUGGGAGGGACCUUUUUCCACCAUGUCACAACAUUUUUGUAUUGUUUUCAAAUUAAUUGGCGCUCUGUUUGAAAGCUGUGUAGCUUGGUGAGCUAUUUAAGCUUCAUCUGCUGGGAAAGAACACACUAUUUGGUGGUUUUAAGCCACGUUUUUAAAAUGCAUCGCUGUGGGUUCAUUGGAAAUUUAUUAGCAUUAAUAUAAUCUUGAAAGAUAGUAUCAAAGAAAUUUUUAAUUUAUAUCUGAGGUUGGUUUCUUGCAGGCUGUUUCUAAUGAUUAACUGAGCAAACAUAAUAAAAUGCACUGGAGUCUGUUGGAAAACUGUCUCUGUUUUUCUGUAUUAAUUGAUUUACAAGGCCAUUGAUUAAAUGUGUACCUAGAAAAUGAUUCACAGACCUUUUGGUAGCAGUGCUCGAUAGUGAGGGUCUGUAACGGGUACCAGAAUGGGUGAGGCUUAAUGCUAAAUUUAACCUUGAGAUUGUGUCAGCAGUCUCCCGACUAGAUUUGGUUACAUCAGUGUGGUUGACGAACUAAAGGGGAUACAACAAUCACUAGUUUUUGCCAGAUGUAAGGCUGGGUUCUUAAACACAUGAUCCCGGGGUAAUAUGAAACCACCAGUUUUAUAUAUAUAUUUUUUUUGUCUUUACUUUUAAUAAAAUGUAGUGCAAUCCUUUAACAAAAACACACUUAAUAAAACAUUAAUGCGAA